AACCCCUACCCCUUCCAGUGCUCCAUUGAGGACCCCACCAAGCAGACCAAGUUCAAGGGCAUGAAGAGCUACAUCGCCUACAAGCUGGUGCCCAGCCACACCGGGCAGCAGGUGCAUCGCCGUUACAAGCACUUUGACUGGCUCUAUGGGCGGCUGGCUGAGAAGUUCCCCGUCAUCUCCGUGCCCCACUUGCCGGAGAAGCAGGCCACCGGCCGCUUCGAGGAGGACUUCAUCUCCAAACGUCGCAAAGGCCUGGCGUGGUGGAUGGACCACAUGUGCAGCCACCCUGUACUGGCACAGUGUGACGCCUUCCAGCACUUCCUCACCUGUCCCAGCACGGAUGAGAAGGCUUGGAAACAAGGCAAGCGCAAGGCUGAGAAGGAUGAGAUGGUGGGUGCCAAUUUCUUCCUGACCAUCAGCGUCCCCACGGGCCCUGGGGCCAGCCUGGACUUGCAGGAGGUGGAAAGCCAGGUGGAUGGCUUCAAAGCCUUCACAAAGAAGAUGGACGAGAGCGCCCUGCAGCUUAAUCACACAGCCAAUGAGUUUGCCCGAAAACAAGUCACUGGUUUCAAGAAGGAAUACCAGAAGGUGGGGCACUCCUUUAAGUGCCUCAGUCAGGCGUUUGAGCUGGAUCAGCAGGCCUUUUCCGCCGGCCUCAACCAAGCAAUAGCCUUCACUGCAGAAGCCUAUGAUGCCAUCGGGGACCUCUUUGCAGAUCAGCCCCGGCAGGACCUAGAUCCCGUGAUGGAUUUGUUAGCGCUGUAUCAGGGGCAUUUGGCCAACUUUCCAGACAUCAUCCACGUCCAGAAAGGUAACACCCUUACAUUUUUUUCUGAAACGAUGAAGUUUUAUGUGUCAGUAGUAUGCAAGCAGAUGUCAGGACCAGGGGCUAAAUUUGACCUGCAUCUGGCUUGCUGGUCUUGGGUUAAAUGUUUCCAUGUUUACUUAG